GCUGAUUGUCGUUGCUUGAGAAGCCGCAACCCACCAGGGGGUUAAUAUGGUGCCUUUGUUUUUUCUUUUUUUUUUUCUUUUUUCUUUUCUUGGUUCCAAUUAAUUGUUGGCUCACAAGGUAUUUUUCUUAGUUAAUGGCCCCGGACCAGAUGGAUAAGGGCUUCGGAAUGCUCUCCUUCCACUGGCAAUGCUCCCGGUGGACUUCCCCGCCAGUGACUAAAAUAAUUAUAAUUAUUAGGGGAUUCACAAUCAAAAAGAGAAAAAGAAGCAAUCGUAGAGGAUCUGAAUCAGUUGCGCGGGUCUGAUUAACAAAAAAGAAAAUUCAGAACGACAGGCAGGGAAGGUGGAUCGAUCCAAGGAACGGUUCCGAGAUUCGCGUCCACAAGAAGUACUGGGUAGUAUACCCUUCACGAGGUUAGGAACGCAGGUUUUCGCAAGUGAGAAGACUUAAUCGAUGGUGCAAUUGAUCAUGAACCUAGGGAGGAGGCCACCGUCUCUUAUUCUUCUCGAUCUCGAAGGGGGAAACGAGACCGAUGUAUGUAAAGGUAUAAGUAGGCAAGGGCAGGGAUGUCAUAUGGACGAAUGGAGGCAUCCCAAUGGACGAGCAGUCCUGUGAGGUCCCCAACUAAACUACUAGCUGACUGGUCUGGAUUAGGAUCGUCUGGGGUUGUUGGUAAGAGGAGAAUAGGGGAGUAAAACUAGUACUAAGAAUAAAAAAUAAAAAAUAAAAUAAAACAAAACAAAAUAAUAUAAUAUAAUAAAAAUGAAAAAGACUGCAGUCCGAUUUGGAGUCCGAGGAGGAGAAUCAUCCACUGUGGUUCAUAUCGAGUAAUGGGAAACAGUCAUGGAAACAACGGCGUUGCCCACACACAAAGAUUGAAUGCAGAUAUUUUAUCCAGUUUAAUUUUCUCUUUUGAAUU